AUGCGUCGCAGAAGAUCAGCUUGUAGAGUCAACUCUGACAGCAGUGAGAUCGAUAUUGAUCUCUUAGCUGAGACAGAGUUGAGCAAACUCCAGAGACAGUUUCGCAUCAUGGAAGGAGACAGGCAGGCGUACAGCGUAGAAUCACAGGAUCUCAUUCGCAGACAGCUGAGGGAGAUCCAAAGGCUCCAUGGUGAACGCGAGGAACUUCUCCGUAGCCUGCGUGUCUCAGAGAGUCCAUUUCAAUGCUGGGAUGACACAGACGCCACGCAAAAUCUGAGCAGCAUGCUGGUGUACCGCGACAGGGUGGUGGAGCAGCUCGACUCUGAACAAGGGAAAAUGGCUUAUCUGAGACAGGAGAUUUUGACUUGGGAGAGUAAGCUGGCUGGCCAGAGGAGAGGGAGCACCACAUACCACAGUCAGAAGUCGGAGGCAAACCAGACACUGAAGAACAGCCUCAUCCUGGAGAACAAACUGGACAGGGGUCGUGUUCGCUUCAACAAGCUUUUGGCCAAGAACGGGCAGCUGAGAGAGGAGCUGAAGAUCUUGCACGUGGAGAGGAAGCAGUUCCUCCACCUCUACUGCAGGAUGGAGAGGGAGCUGCAGGAGAUUCGCAAGGACAUCCGAGACAUGAUGGCUCAGUCCACUGCUGCUUUUGAGGCCAGAGUGGAGGCUCGGUGCAAACGGAUGCUGCUGAAGGAGAAAAAGGUGAAGGACCUGACCCAGUAUGGCACGGAGGUGAGCGAGCUGCAGCGGGUCAUCUCCCACGACCACCGCCUAAAGACCUUCAUGAGCAUCAAGGGCAACGAGUGCAGCAGCCAGGAGGAGGGCCAGGACCUGAGCCGCAGACAGGUUGAGGAGAGGCAGCGCAGGAGACUGGGACUGGACACUCAGGGAGGGACUUUUGGGACUCUCGAUUCCUUGCAGGAGACCUUCCACAAGAUCCACUGUGUCACAGGGGAGGAGGACCUGCACAAGCUGGUGGGGACCUUCAUUCAGAUUGAAGACAAGAAUUUUGCUUUGCUAAACUUUGUUAACGAACAGAACAACGAAGCCGAGACCUUGAAGGACGAAAUCAACCAGAUCCGCUGUGAGAUGGAGGUGUUUUCCAGAGAGGAGCGCAGGCAGCAUGAGGAGAGCAGGGCCGUGCUUCGGGGGGUCAGUGUGCAGCAGCAGGCCACAGAGCAGCAGAUGGGAGGCUACCAGCAACGCAUCACCUCAGUGGGCAAGAUCCUCAACCAGCUGAAGACAGGAAUAGACAGUGUGUGCCACAACAUAGACUGUGACCGGUCAGUGAUCGAAGACAAGUUAGGCUCCUCGACCGGGAUCCGGGACAGCACCAUUAUGACUUACCUGGGAUUGGUGGAGCGCAGGACCAACGAGCUGCUGACUUUGCAGUCUUUCCUCAGCUCCAAGGACCUUGAUAAAGAUUACAAUCCUAGAAUGGUUGCCAGGCACCUCCUAGGGCAAACUUAG